GAGGACAGAGCUCAGCUGGAGCCAAUGCAGCAGCAGCAUCGACAGCCUGAGCUAGUGGAAGGAAGCCUUCCGGUGUUCGUGUUCCCCACUGAGCUCGUCUUCUACGCAGAUGAGCAGACGUCUCACAAGCAGGUGCUCACGCUCUACAAUCCCUAUGAGUUUGCCCUCAAGUUUAAAGUGCUGUGCACGGCGCCCAACAAGUACACUGUGGUCGAUUCCACGGGAGCUGUCAAGCCGCAGUGUUGUGUUGACAUAGUCAUCAGACACAGAGAUGUGCGGGCGUGUCACUACGGCGUCUACGACAAGUUCAGGCUGCAGGUGUCCGAGCAGAGUCAGCGGAAGGCUCUGGGCCGCAAAGAGGUCACAGCCACGCUCCGUCCAUCGGCGUCUCAGGAACCGCCGGGCGCCCGGCCCCAAGACGAGGAGCGCAGGAUCAAAGAGCAGUUUGCAGACGAGUUUUAUGAACAGGCUCCUUUUCAGACAGCAGAGGGCCGACCUGUUGCUGGAGGGCCCAGCCUGCUCACUGUGCUGCUCGGACUCGUCUGCAUGGCCGCUCUGAUGCUCCCGACGCUGGGGGAGCACGAAUCCACUGUGCCUGUCUACCUCCACUUAAGUGUUAAUAAGAAACUCGUAGCUGCUUACGUUCUCGGUCUCCUUACCAUGGUCAUCUUACGCACAUGA